AUGGGAUCCAUGUGCGAUUUGGACGCCGCGGGCGGCAUACCAACGAGUUGGACUAGGCUGGUACGAUUUAUCGCCGAGGAAGAUGAUGCCGAGCAUAUUGGUGAACCUAUCGAUUCAACCAUUGAUGUCGGCGCAGCCCUGGCAUCAGGAGCGAAGGUUCAAGUUCGCCUCUUCACAGGAUCAUCAGUUCUUUCACCGAGAAACGAACCAACCAAAACACUCCUGACAAUCUCGAAACUGCUUCCGCCGCUCGCCAAAAACGAGAUAGGUGCCAUUCGCUGUGUAGGCUUGAACUACCGGAAACACGCAAAAGAGAUGAACCUAGACCUGCCCGACCAUCCCACACUCUUUUUCAAACCGUCAACAUGUCUGGGCGCACCAAAUGCUCCGCUUUUGAUACCGUACCAGGCAACAGAUGGUCAGGCCGACUAUGAGGCCGAACUUGCAGUAGUCAUAGGUAAAGCAGCGAGGAACGUGAGCAAGGAGAGUGCAAUGGACUACGUGCUGGGAUAUACAUGCUCGAAUGAUGUGACAGCAAGAGUUCAUCAGUUCAACGGCGCCCAGUGGGGUUUUGGCAAAGGAUUCGAUGGCUUCGCACCACUUGGGCCUUGCAUCGUAUCUGCCGCUUCAAUACCUGAUCCGGGCCAAAUCGAGUUGAAGACAGUUCUGAACGGCGAGACAAUGCAGUAUUCGCUUGCAAACGACAUGAUCUUCAGUAUUUCCGACAUCGUGGCUUACCUCAGUCAAGGAACAACGCUGGAUCCAGGGACGGUGAUCAUGACGGGCACUCCGCACGGCAUUGGAGUGAGCAAGAUACCAAAGGUGUGGUUGAAGCACGGCGACGAUUUGAGGAUUGUCAUGAGUCAUGGGUUGGGAAGCUUGGUGACACCAGUUGAAUACGAAGCGCAGCCCAAGUCCAGUUAG